AUGAAUUCUCUGAUGAAGCUCUUUGUUUCCCUCUCUCUCUUGUUUUUCACCUCCCUCAUUGUUGGAGAAAUCAAUGGAGUUGAAGGUUCACAUAAGCAUCAUCAUCAUCAUCACUUGAAGGGUUUAAUUCCAAAAAGGUUGUUUGUGUUUGGAGACUCUUACGUGGAUGUCGGAAACACUAAGAAGAGUCCUAAUGUUACUGCUUGGAAAGUUCCUUACGGUAUCACCUUCCCCGGUAAACCCGCCGGUCGUUCCUCAGACGGUCUUGUAUCCACCGACGUUUUAGCAAAAUUAAUGGGGAUAAAAACGCCAGUCCCCUACAUCCGUAAGGAUGACGUGGGAAAAGAACGGCUGAAAUAUGGAAUGAACUUUGCGGUCGGAGGAACCGGAGUGUUAGUCACCGGAGUGGUAAUCAACACUCUAAAUCCAAACAUGACCAAUCAGAUCGAUUUCUUCCAGAAGCUCAUCGGCAAUAUCUACUCUCCUUCCGACCUUAGUUCCUCCGUUGCUCUUGUUAGUGUCUCUGGCAACGACUACUUCGAUUACAUUUACAAAAACAAGCUAACUGGCAUCUUUGAAUUCAUCCCGAAAGUUGUGAAACAAACAGAGGUAAAUUUGCGGCGUAUCCAUGCGUUGGGAGUGAAAAAGAUAGCAAUUCCGAAUUUGCAACCGCUCGGAUGCCUCCCCUCCUUCAGCUCCCUCAAAGACCCCUCGUCCCCGAAAUGCAUCGAUGAAGUAAACAAGGUGGCGAUAUACCACAACACCUUGUUGCAGAAAUUAGUGGCCAAGCUUAACAAAGAAACCAAGAGGUCGACUUUCGUAACAAUUGAUCUAUUCAACGCUUUCUUGACCAUCAUCAAGAACAAAGGAGUUCCAGGGAGUACGACGUUUGAAACCCCUUUAACGUACUGUUGCAAAGGAGGAUGUGGGAGUGUGGACAAGAACGGUGAGAAGAAGUAUACCGUAUGUGAUGAUCCCAAGUCUGCUCUCUUCUGGGAUGAAAUUCACCCUUCACAAGAAGGAUGGAAAUCGGUUUAUUCGGUUUUAGGAAAAGAUAUAACCGCGGCUUUGAUUAAACCGUAA